CACACACACACACACACACACACACACACACACACACACACACACACACACACACACCUUUGCUUCUAUCUAUUCUAUUCCUUUUCCUAUCAAGUUAUUUUCAUCACUAUCUUUAGUUUCGUAUUCCAUCAGCAUUCCCCUUAACUCUGGCACACAAUAAGCGGGAGCUGCGACGAAAGGCCAAGUGCGUAGUGAGCAUGAAAGGAAAUAUCACCACGGUCACCAACCCUGAUGACUCGGCCGAUGUCAAGUCCUUCACCUACGACUACUCUUACUGGAGCUUUGACGGCUGCAAGGAGGAGCCAAAUGGCUACUUUGCCAAGCAGUCACCCAACUCCAAGUAUGCUGAUCAGAACACGGUGUACAAUGAUCUGGGAGGUGGAGUCUUAGCAAACGCCUGGGCUUGUUAUAACUCCACACUGUUCGCUUAUGGGCAGACAGGCUCGGGAAAAUCUUGGUCUGUCAUUGGAUAUGGAUCCAAUAAAGGUAAAAAAUAA